AAUGCAGUAUAGGCGGGGCAAGCGGAGUACCUUGUUUAAUCAUAGAAUCUAUGGUUUAACUACCCUAAACAUCAUUGAAAGUCGUGAAACAUGUUAUUAAGUUGGCUUGGCCUCAAUGGGAGGAAAUUAAAUCCAACAGGAAGCAUGUUUAUUAUGUUGUUAACCACAUGCAUGAAAUAAGCACAUAAUAAUAUUAUUGAUAAUGUUGUCGAAGUAGAUGCUCUGCAGCACUAUUAUAUCAGCCUGAGGAUGAUUGAAAGAUGCUUUGUAAUCUGUCUGCUAACCUGGUUACAUUACUGCCAAGGUAUGUCAGUAAGUGUAUUUACAGAGGCCGGAAAAGAAACACUUUCUGGUUUGCACUGUCGUACUACUGUUAAACUUUUCUGCAAUGCUACGAAUCUUCUUCAUUUUCGAUGGACAUACAAUGCCAGCAAAAUAGAAAUUGUUAAUUUUCAACCUGAUGGUAUACUAACUUUGAACCAGAUGACUACUACUUAUUCAGCAUUUCCCUUUGUCCAGCUAACACAGUUCAAUGCAUACAAAAACCAGCAAAAUCAGUCACGGAUUAACGCUUCAACAAUUCUUACUGUUGAUCUCUCAGAGCUCUACAAGCAAAACAUUGAAAUCAUUUCUUGUGGUUCUACUAGCCCAAAGGAUACAGCCACAUUGCCAGUGAAUAUCAGCAUCUUACUGCCAUUUUUUCCUUCUGUUACUCCCGACGUUUAUGUAAGUGUGACCAUACGCUAUGAGUCUGGAGUAUUGUCUAGUGUGGAUGUAUCAUGGAGAAAAUUUCGGCAACCGGAUUGUCCUGAAUAUGACAAUUCACAAGAAUACCUCAUCAAUGUCACUGGAUGUGGGUGGAUGUGGAUCAACCAUAGCACCUGUGAAGAUAAUAUUUGCUCGUCUCUGUUCAGUAAUUGCACAGACAAUGUUAGAGAAAUUAAUCUACAAGCCAAGAUUUUUAACAUUGAGAGUGAACAAGUACUUUAUCCUACGUCUGUAGAUUACGAUAAUCUCUAUUUCAAACCUGUUGUUAACUGGUCGUCAAUAUGUCAAAAUCAUGUUCAAUGUUUACCCAUUCAAGGAGAUAAUAGUGAGCAUCGAAUGUGUACCAUUCGCUACACUUUGAACCCGGAAUAUCGAAAUCUAUCAAAUCCUAUCAAAACUCUAGUCGGCGCAGCACCUGUCUUGCUUUCACAUAUCACUCCUAGUAAUAUGUACUACUUUGAGUUCUCCGUGUUGAUGAAUGAGACCCUGUUAAUUGUGGAAAGAAUGGAAUACAUGAUUACAGAAACAGGAGGCACACCAACAGAAUUAUUCCAGCUGAAUGCAGGAAAAAAUAUCAUCAUUGCCACUAUAAUGCUUUUCUUUGGAUGCUUUACUGUGCACACUACAGCGAUAUUGUGCCUCCUAAAAUAUCGGGAUGCUAAAAUCUCCAGAUUGAAUAUGUUCAUUACUAAAAAACACGUUCAAAUCUCAAUCACACUGAUCCUCCUGAUGCUGUUUAUUCUGUGUGCCACUCUGUUGACAACCUUUGCGAUUAUUUCAAAUGAAUCUGAUGUGUGUUUCACAAACCAACAAGUUCCCAACAGUUUGCUUGAUGCAAUGUUAGUAAUUUCAUGCCUUGGGAUAGCAUUCAUUCUCACUUAUUGGGUCUCAGUGGGAUACAAAGUUUAUAAACAGAGUACAAAAGAAAUCAAAACCAAGCCUGAAAACCGCACAACGUCUCAUUGCAAUGGCAAUCUUCAUCAAAACGGCAAAUCACAUGUACAAAUAGCUAAAUCAUUAUGUAAUCUACAGGAGCCAGUUGAGGAACAUUAUAAUACUCUGGAACACGCCCUGAGUUCCAGACCAUCAAACAGAUAUGACACACAGGACGAAAUAUAUGGAAAAAUUGAAGAGACAUUCGAGUAUCUCCCUACGGACGUUGGUGUGUAUGAGCCACUGAGGGCUACAGAAAAAUCGAAACCUGUUCCUAACCUGGCUGAUGCCAAUUACUCUCAUCUUGGAGAAACACAACCAGAGUCUGCUAUUUCUGACAUUAUUUGCAGCAUACGGAUUCGGGAUGACUAUGACGUUCUGGAUAGAAAUGAGACUUCCUUGUGUACCAGUGUUGAUAUUCAUGAUCCAUGUAAAUUGGUGUAUGGUAAUCUUGAAGAGGCCUCUAUUGAACCCAAUGGUGAUGUCUAUAAUCAGCUAAGGCCAGAGGAGAAGUCAAGGCCAGUACCAAACAUGACUGAUUCCAACUACUCUCACAUAGAUGAAGAACAGAGUCUUCAGCGACAACUGAAGAUCAGGCAUUUCAAGAAGACAAAGUCUGGCAAAUGAUGCAACUUUAAGCUGUACGCAACACUUAUAAUUAUUUGAGGCAUUGCUGCUACAGUUUUACCUUUUGA